AUGGUGCACACAGAGGAGGGCACCGAGGGGAACCUGCACUCUGGCCACAUGGUGUACACGACGGCCCUCGUGGAGAACGCCCUCACGGAGAUCUCGGAGUGGCUGGAGAAUCACCCCCAGGAGGGGGUUAUCCUGGCAUGCAGGAACUCCGAGGGCAUGAUGGAGGACCUACCUGCACAAGAACCUGAUGGGCUGCAUCAAGAACACCUUUGGAGACAUGCUGUGUCCCCGUGGGGUGCGCAGGGGCCACAGGCUCCCCAUGCUCUUGGCAGCGGGAGCACUAGGCUUCACUGUAAUCAGACUAUCCGUUUGCUGCAUGAGGCUGAUUCAGAUACCAGGAGGUGCCGAAUCUGUGCCAGCUGUGGUCCCGGGGCCAGCAGGUCGUCCUGUUGUACAAGGACGAGGCAUCCAUGA